AUGUCUACGACAUCUCAGGCCGCGCCCUCGCAGCCGGCCGAGGUUAAGAUUCUCAUGCUGCACGGUUACACGCAAUCCGGUCCCCUCUUCCACGCCAAAACCCGCGCCCUUGAGAAACUGCUCACAAAAACCCUCGCCCCCAUCCCCCUCGUCCCCAUCCUCGUCUACCCUACGGGCCCCAACCGCCUUCUCCCCCGCGACAUCCCCGGCUACCAACCCGCGGCUGGGCAGCAGGCAGACGGUGAUGACGAUGGCGACGGCGACUACCAGCCCGACACGUGGGCCUGGUUCCGCAAGGACGAGGCCACGGGCACGUACCGCCUCCUGGCAGAGGGCAUGGCAACCGUGGCCGCCGCCAUCCGCGAGGCCGGGGGCGUCGACGCCGUCUGCGGCUUCAGCCAGGGCGGCGCCAUGGCUGCCGUCAUCGCUGCCGCCUUGGAGCCGGAUAGGCCCGUCCCCGAGGGGUCCGAUGGCAGCUGGGCUCUGGCGCUGAGGGACGCCAACGAGGGGCGGCCGCUCGACUUUGCUGUCUCCUACUCGGGCUUCUUCGGCCCCGUCGACGCGCUCAAGUGGUGCUACGAGCCCAAGCUCAAGACGCCCACUCUUCACUAUAUUGGGAGCCUCGACACCGUUGUCGACGAGAGACGGAGCCAGUCGCUCAUCGACCGGUGCGUGGACCCUGUGGUCGUGGUGCAUCCGGGCGGACAUCACGUCCCCGUCGCCAAAGCAUGGGUGAUGCCCCUGGCUUGCUUCAUCAAACAGCACGCACACGAGGCGCAGCCCAAGACAGGGUUAUGA